CAGAAAGGCCCCCGCUCAGUCUGUGACCCGGGAGGAAGUAUAAAACCAUUCCCUGCUCCCAAGUACAGAGAGUGUUAGAAGCCGGAGUCUUUGCAAAGGGACCGUACAGUCAGAUAUCAUCAAGUCUUCUGCACACAUUGGGGGCCAUGGCCAAGCGGGUGGCGAUCGUGGGAGCCGGGGUCAGCGGCCUGGCGUCCGUCAAGUGCUGCCUGGAGGAAGGACUGGAGCCCACCUGCUUCGAGAGGAGCGACGACCUCGGGGGGCUGUGGAGAUUCACCGAGCAUGUUGAAGAAGGCAGAGCCAGCCUCUAUAAGUCUGUGGUUUCCAACAGCUGCAAGGAGAUGUCUUGUUACUCAGACUUUCCAUUCCCAGAAGAUUAUCCAAACUAUGUGCCAAAUUCUCAAUUCCUGGAAUACCUCAAAAUGUAUGCAAACCGGUUCAACCUUCUGGAAUACAUUCAGUUCAAGACUAAAGUCUGCCAAGUAACAAAAUGCCCAGAUUUUACUGUCACUGGCCAGUGGGAGGUGGUCACUCAGCACGAAGGAAAACAGCAGUCUGCCGUCUUCGACGCUGUCAUGGUCUGCACUGGUUUCCUUACUAACCCGUAUUUGCCACUGGACUCUUUUCCAGGUAUAAAUAUCUUUAAAGGCCAGUACUUUCAUAGCCGACAGUAUAAACAUCCAGAUAUAUUUAAGGACAAGAGAGUCCUUGUGAUUGGAAUGGGGAAUUCGGGCACAGACAUUGCUGUGGAGGCCAGCCACCUGGCUAAAAAGGUGUUUCUCAGCACCACAGGAGGGGCCUGGGUGAUGAGUCGAGUCUUUGACUCAGGGUACCCAUGGGACAUGGUGUUCACGACUCGAUUUCAGAACAUGCUCAGAAAUUCUCUCCCAACUCCAAUUGUGACUUGGUUGAUGGCAAGAAAGAUGAACAGCUGGUUCAAUCAUGCAAAUUACGGCUUAAUACCAGAAGACAGGACGCAGCUGAGAGAGCCUGUGCUAAAUGACGAGCUUCCGGGGCGGAUCAUCACUGGGAAGGUGCUCAUCAAGCCAAGCAUAAAGGAGGUGAAGGAAAACUCUGUCAUAUUCAACAACACCCCCAAGGAAGAGCCUAUCGAUAUCAUCGUCUUUGCCACGGGCUACACCUUUGCUUUCCCCUUCCUGGAUGAGACCAUAGUCAAAGUUGAAAAUGGCCAGGCAUCGUUGUACAAGUACAUUUUCCCUGCGCACCUGCCACAGCCGACUCUGGCUGUCAUUGGCCUCAUCAAACCCUUGGGCUCCAUGAUACCCACAGGAGAAACCCAAGCGCGAUGGGCUGUCCGGGUCCUGAAAGGUAUAAAUAAGCUACCACCGCAAAAUGUCAUGAUAGAGGAAGUUAAUGAAAGAAAAGAAAACAAACACAGCGGGUUUGGCUUGUGUUACUGCAAAGCUUUACAGUCAGAUUAUAUCACAUACAUAGAUGAACUCCUGACCAGUAUCAAUGCAAAACCCAACCUAUUCUCUCUGCUCCUGACGGACCCGCGCCUGGCUUUCACCAUCUUCUUCGGCCCAUGCACGCCGUACCAGUUCCGCCUGACUGGCCCAGGGAAAUGGAAAGGAGCCAGAAAUGCCAUCUUGACCCAGUGGGAUCGAACAUUCAAAGUCACCAAAACUCGAAUCGUACAAGAAUCCCCAUCUCCCUUUGCAAGCUUACUUAAACUCUUAAGCCUUCUGGCUUUGCUUCUGGCCAUUUUCCUAAUUUUCCUGUAAAAAAAAAAGAUUGCCCAGGUGGUUUGUCCAAUGCCCCUCGUAGAUUUACAGGGCUCUGGUCCUUCCAUUGCCACGUCAUUCUCUUCAUCAUAGCCGUGAGCCUUACUGGAGUGGUGAUGGCCAUGGCCCGUCCUUCCCUGGCUGCCACUGGUAUUUCUGGGCUUCUCCUGCUGCCCCGGCUUCCAGUGCUAGAGGAAGAGAAACGGUCAUGAUUUCUGUGCAUUUGAAGGCUGCUGGGAAGUUCCAUGUUCCCUUUACGAGAGAGCUGUUUAAGACAGCACUCGGCAUUCCCAGCUCUCUCUCAUAUAAACCAUUUUCAUAGGCCUCAACUAAGCACCCUACUUCACAAAAGAUUUCGUUGUACCAGAAUGAUCCUGUUAUGGUAUCAGCCUCAGACAUAAAAAGAAAGGAAAAAAAACCUAGAAAUUCAAUGUUUCAAGUGGUCUUUUAUGCUCUUUUUCCAAUUUGGGGAAAAGAUGCAGGCAAAGAGAGAAGAGGACGAGGUGUCCACUCCUCAAAGCCAUCAAAGAAUCGAGGGUUCAGCAAAUUCCCCGGAACCUGUCUAAAGGAAUGUAGGGACCGCAGAGAAAGACAAAGACCAUACGGUUUCACUUAUACCUAGAACCUAAAAAACAAAGUAACAAGUAAACAAAACAACAACAAAGAAACAAAAUCCAGAAAUAGGCUCAUAAAUACAGGGAACUAGUGGCUGCCAGACGGGGAGGGGUGGAGGAAUGGGCAAAAUAGGAGAAAGGAUUGAGAGGUAGAGAGUUCUGGCUACGAAACAAGUAGGUCACGGGGACAAAAAGUACAGGAAUAGAGUCAAUAAUAUUAUAACUUUGGAUGCUGACAGAUGUAACCAUGCCCAUGGUAAGCAUUUUGCAAUAUA